AUGGUUCAUCUAUGGAGAUGUCUACAAUAUCGUGGUGUCAAUCCUUGUUCGAGCGCUUUGGAACGGGUUUUGAGGUUCGCAGGGAACAGCGGCUGUGAUCAAUCCUCUAGAAGCACCCAUACAGACAGCAACAAGACCUCACAACUUUGGUUCGACCUCGAUAAACUUGAAACAAUGAAUCGGCGAGAGCUACAACAGCUUUGCAAGAAAUGUGGUAUAAAAGCGAACAACAAAACUUCGAUUCUUGUUAGUGAUUUGAAGGAAUUUCACUCGCUUCAACUCACGAACCCGAAUUCAGUUCUGCGCUUCCCUUUCAUAGCUCAAACUAAUUCUGCGAAUUUUACCCCGGUAAAGGGUGACAAAAAGUAUUUUCUUCCAACUGGACUGAAGCUAGAUAAAAAUAAUAUCUUAUUUAGCUCUACUGAGUCCCCUGGUCAGUGGAUAAGUGGUGAGGUGAAAAAACUACACAAAGCCGUGAAAUCAAAAGGAAUUAUCACAAAGACUGUGGGAGAGUACAAAGGUACAACAGAUAAAACAAAACAAGGGGAAUUUCCAGUUAAAGGAGACGUGUAUUUGGCUAAAAAUGCUAGUGUUUCAGCCAUUUUGAAUAGUGCAUCAAACAGGUUCAUGAUUGCCAUUUGGCAGAAACAACAGAUAGAAAAGAUGGGCGAGGAAAUGUUUAAUGAGUACAGAAAUUUAUUAGCAAAAAGUGGUAAAAAAUUUCACUCAUGCAUGACAGACAUUCUUCACAAAAAGACUGAGGAGACAGGGGAGUUUCCAGAACUUGUUUCAAGCUUGAUUAAAAGCGUCUCCAAAACUGGGAUUUUAAAGCUGCUUACAAAGGACAAAGUGCUGGCCACAGAGGAGUAUGUAACACACUCUUCUAUUGGUUAUUCAGGCACUUUUGAUGGACUAGCCAUAUAUAAUGGAGUACCUUGUCUGAUCGAAUGGAAAACAUCACAAAACCCCAGACCAACACUGGAUAGUUGUUUUGAUGCUCCAUUUCAAGUGGUGGCCUAUGCAGGGGCUAUCAAUUCUCAUCCUGUUAUGAGGAUUCCUGUAACAAGUUGUUUGAUUGUUGUUGCUCAUCAUGAUGGCUCAGAGGCAGAUGUUCAUUGGAUGGACUUAGAUACCUGUGAGAAAUUCUGGCAAAAGUGGCUGAUUAAAGUGUUGAAGUACAAAGAAAAAGCAGAAAGUGUUUCAGAGAAAAGUGAUGCCUCUUGA